AUGCUAACAGAUACAGAUAAUGAAUAUAUGUGUAAAGCUGAAAUUCUUACUGGGCAAAGUUUUGAAAGUAAUCCAUUGAGCUAUUUGAUGCCAUGGCUAAUUCCUGUACUUUCCUAUAUCAUUAUCGGCCAAACUAUGUGGAUGCAGUUUCUUCACAAAUGGAAGCAAACUGCCGAAGAAUUACCUCGUAUUUACAGCAAUAUCACUUGCAAUUGUGCUGCCUCAGAUGCAUGUCAAAGACUGUUACGUAUCGGUCCAUCUGAUCUUAUUUUACCGGGACUUGUUGUUGGUUGUUUACCACUUGACGCUUAUCAAAAUAUUCGCUUACGUUUUGCUUUUAAUAUCGCUUUGAAAGAUGAUGAAUUAGCGUAA